UUCCACUAGCAACUAAGCAGCUGCGAGCAGUGGUUUUCCAGGCUGCUUGAACAGAAGGUACAGAAUAUUUAACAGAAAAGAUGAUUGCCUUAACUUUUCUUUUUGCCUUGUUAUGGGACAGAGGUUUUAGCUGGGGAUUCAAGGAUGGAAUUCUUCACAAUUCUAUUUGGUUAGAACGAGCAGCAGGAGUGUAUCACAGAGAAGGACGGUCUGGGAAAUACCAGCUGACUUAUGAUGAGGCAAAAUCGGUGUGUGAAUAUGAAGGAGGACAGUUAGCAACACUCAAGCAAUUGGAGGCUGCAAGAAAAAUAGGCUUCCAUAUGUGUGCUGCUGGCUGGUUAUCCAAGGGAAGAGUUGGAUACCCUAUUGUCAAACCAGGAAGCAACUGCGGCUUUGGGAAGACAGGAAUCGUAGAUUAUGGGUUCCGGCUCAACAAAAGUGAGAAGUGGGAUGCCUAUUGCUAUCACCCUAAUGGAAAAGAUUGUGGUGGAAUAUUCACAGCAUCAAAACAUGUUUUUAAAACUCCCGGGUACCCAAAGGAAUAUGAAGAUGACCAAGUCUGUUACUGGCACAUAAGAGUGAAGUAUGGUCAACGGAUCAAAAUCCAGUUUCUUGACUUCGACCUUGAGGAUGAUACUGCCUGCAUGGCUGAUUACUUGGAAAUAUACGACAGCUAUGAUGAUAUAAAUGGUUUUGUGGGCAGGUACUGUGGAGACGAACUACCAGAUAGUGUCGUUAGCACAGGAAAUGUCAUGACACUGAAAUUUUUAUCGGAUGCUUCAGUGACAGCAGGCGGCUUUCAGAUUGAAUACACUGCUAUCAACUCAACCAAAAAGAUUAUAAACCCCAAAGCUACUACAAAGUAUUUUCCAGGAAAAUUUGGCAUUGUCUAAAAGAAUUUUGCAAGGAAAAAAAGAUAAAAGCCUGUAAAUGCUAUACCUUGUGGAAGUUGCUAGCUUUCUCCCAGAAGAUCCCAUUUCCAUGACUUUGGCCUCUCCUCCCAAUGUAUUCUCCUCUUCUUAGCCAUUAAUCCGGGUACUUCUACUGAACUGAGCUGAGCCCUCCCUUCUUUUCCAUUGCUGCAGAAUCUGCUUUUUAAUAUUUUGAGUCAAGGAUCUGGGGGAGUGAUACUCAACUGUGGUAGUAUGUUCCUUUCUGCUUCAGAGCUCCUGUGUAGUAUCUUUUUUUUACUUUUCUAUUUUUCUUGUACUUUUUUUUUAUUCUUGCACUUUUUAGCUUUCUGAAUUUUUUUCUUUUUACUUUGCAUUAGUUUUUAUCAUAUCUUAUUUUAUCUUAUCUUAUUUUUCUUAAAACUUCUUAACAAAAGCAUAAGAAAUACAAAAAUAUAACUGAAAACUUUUGUAGAAAAGAGAAAAAUGUGAAUUUAUGGCUUUGAUGAUUAGACAGGAUUAUAGACAGAUUUGUAACUUUAGAGAAAGAAGUACAUUUAUAAUUGUACAUAUAACUGCUGUAAAGAUACUUCCUUGUAUCUUUUUUCUCUUUUCUCUUUUACUUUUUUCCUUCCUUGCACCUUUGGGCUUCACUUUAAUUUUUCUUUCUUUUCUUUUUACUUUACAUUAGUUUGUACUAGUUUUUAGCUUUGUAAAAUCUUUUAAUAAAAUUAUAUUUUUGAAAAAAA